GAGCCCCCCGCGGCCACUGCCCCCGACGGUCUCCGGCGCAAACGCAGGCUUCCCGGGCCCUGCUUGAGCGCAUGGCUGGGAGCGCCUCUCCUCAGUGAGUACCAGCCCCUCGAGGCGCUCCUGCCCUGAAGACUGGAGUUCCCGCUUUUAAGGUGGUUAUCAGUUGGAACCAGAGGGGUCACCUGCUUUAGCCUGAAUUACACAGGAGCAUCCCAAGACACGCCGCGGCCCGUUUACUGUCACUAACCCAGAGCACUUAGCUUGCUUCCCGCCACCCCACCCCCAGCCUGAAACAGGCCGGCUCCCACCAGACCUUCCCAGGCUCAGCCAGCUUGGGGUGGGCAGCAGUGUGGCUUCUGGGCAGGCGGCCAACAGCAGAGGACCUGACUGACCCAAAGGGCUCUGCGCAGAGAGGCAGCUUUCACAAAGUGAACCCACAGUGUCUGCAGAAUCAGAGUCAUGGUUCCUGCUCUGGAUGAUGGCAGGGACAGGAGCCCCAGUAGCGCUGUGGUUGAGAAAUAACCUUCAGGCCCUCUCUAAGUCACCCUGGUGACCACCUGUGAGGUGCAUGGAGAGGCGGUGGAUCUGCAGUGCAUAAGGUCGACCAUGGAUGCCGUGGAACUUGCCAGAAAGAUACAGGAGGAGGCCACGUGCUCCAUCUGCCUCGACUACUUCACUGACCCCGUGAUGACCACCUGUGGCCACAACUUCUGCCGCGAAUGCAUCCAGCUGACCUGGGAGAAGGCCAAAGGCAAGAAGGGCAGGAGGAAGCACAAGGGCUCCUUCCCCUGCCCCGAGUGCCGCGAAUUGUCCCCCCAGAGGAACCUGCGGCCCAACCGCCUGCUGACUAAGGUGGCUGAGAUGGCACAGCAACACCCUGGCCUCCAGAGCAGGGACCUGUGCAAGGUACACCAGGAGCUGCUCAAACUCUUCUGCGAGGAUGACCAGAGCCCCAUCUGCGUGGUCUGCAGGGAGUCCCGGGAACACCGGCCCCACAGGGUGAUCCCUGUGGAGGAGGCCGUGCAGGAGCACAAGCUGAAGCUGGAGGAGGACAUGGGGAGCCUGCGGGCGGAGAUGGCGAAGACCCAGAAGCUGCAGACCAGGGAGCAGCUGACCUUGGCCAAGUGGCAGGAGAAGGUGGAAGACCGGAGAAGGCGCAUCCUGGUGGAGUUUGGGAAGGUGGGUGUUCUCCUAGAAGAGGAGCAGCAGCGCCUCCUGCAGGCUCUGAGACAGGAGGAGGAGAUCACGGCCGCAAGGCUCCGGGAGAGCGCGGAAGCACUGGAGCAACAGCGCCACGCCCUGGAGACGCUGCUGCUGCGGCUGGAGGACCGGAGCCAGCGAGAGCCGCUGCAGAUGCUGCAGGAUAUGAAGGAUCCCCUGAGCAGGAAGAACAGUGUAAGUGUGCAAUAUCCAGAGACCACACCCACCAUGCUGAGGACAGUCUGCAGGGUCCCAGGGCAGAUAGACGUACUCAAGACUUUCCAAGAGGAUGUGGUGCCUGACCCUGCCACAGCGUACCCCUACCUCAUCCUGUACGAGAGCCGCCAGAGGCACUACCUGAGCACCCCGCCAGAUGGCACUCCCUGCAGCAAGGACAGGUUCCUGGCCUAUCCCUGCGCGGUGGGCCGCCAGAUCUUCUCCUCAGGACGGCACUAUUGGGAGGUGGGCAUGAACCUCACUGGUGAUGCAUUGUGGGCCCUGGGUGUGUGCAGGGACAAUGUGAGCCGGAAGGAAAGGGUCCCCAAGUCCCCCGAAAAUGGAUUCUGGGUGGUGCAGCUGUGUAAGGGAAAGAAGUAUGUGCCGCUGGUGUCUUCCCCGACCCCCAUCACACUGACCGAGCCCCCCAGCCAUAUGGGCGUCUUCCUGGACUUUGAGGCGGGGGAGGUGUCCUUUUACAACGUUAAUGGUGGAUCCCACCUGCACACCUACACCCAGUCCACCUUCCCAGGCCCCCUGCAGCCCUUCUUCUGCCUUGGAGCCCCCAAAUCCGGGCAGAUGGUCAUCUCAACAGUGACGCUCUGGGUGAAGGGAUAGGUAUGCAGGUGGGGGAGGCAUGGGCACCCCAUUUUCUCCAAAAGGUGAGGUCCUCAGCACCACGACCGACCCUGAUUUUCUCGCGUGGAGCAGUGGAGAACUAUUGCUAUAUGGGGUGGGCUCACCGAGUCUAAAUAUAAUCAUAAUUAACAGUUAUACGUGAAUAGACUAUAUUCACAGGUGCUUCACAGAGGGAACCUGUACCAAUCUCUAUACAUACCUAUGGACCAGGCGAGAGUGCUGUAUUAUUUUUUAGUCAUGUCCCCCUCCACCCCCACUCACUGGAUCCUGCUGGGUCCAGGUUAUUAUAAAUAAAGCUGUGGCCUCACGGGUCCACCUUUGUCAUCAGCAAUUCCACGUUUGGGUCCUUCGCAGGGGAAACUUUUCAAGCUGAACCCCCUAAAAAACUCAGAGCUGCCCGCCCCCAUACCUUUCCGCCCCCUUAAGUUGCAUCUGCAGGGUGAAAUUCAAAGAGUAAGCACUAUCCCCCGACUUGCCGCUCCUGGGAGAUGCUCCAAUGGCCCCCAGCUCAUCUCAUUGGCACUAUCAAUAUCAACAGCCGGGGUCUUGCCCAGUGCAGUGACCCAGGCUCACAAAGUGACUCAGCAUAGGGGGGAGGAGGGUCAAUGGGGGUGCUUUCAUUCUCUCCCUACCCCACCCCCGCAGUUUCAGGCGCAUUAACAGCCCAAUAACAGUCACUAGCACACCAGAAUUCCAGUCAAUGUAUUCCUAACGCAACAAGGUCAGAGUCCCCGCGGGUCGAACCUCUCAUCCCAUUCAUUCUGAUCGUGCCCGACCCUGGGUGCGUGCCCGACCCGGGGUGCCUGCCCGGGGAUGAACCGUGGAUGACUUGGGGAUCCCCCAGUCCUCGCGGUGGCUGCACUACGUGGGGAGCCCAGUGACGGUGCGGGGUGCCCUGCCGGCCGGGCCCCUGUACCCCAUCCUUCCCUGGGCCCGAGGAAAAGGCCGGGGCACGAGCCAAAAGCUAACUGGAAAGACAAGUGCCUGCCGGCGGCAGCGGCGGCGGCGGCGGCCGCGGAAGCGACGCAAGUUCAGCUAGUGUCUCGCCUCCAAUUGUGUCCGGCCCGAGGGCCGCGUGACACCCGCAGCCAAUCC